CGCCUCAUGAUCAUGUUCUUCCUCCGCAACUCUCAUCAGUCUUGACCAUCUUCCACUAUGAGCUCGCUAGGCCCGCCCAAGUACCUCUGCAGCCGCGUCAUUCGCGAACUCCGACGACAUGGACUAGACCGCUACCGCAUUCCCCCGAAUUUCUUCUCAUCGAGGCUUUACCGAGACGUGCUGGACAGUCUUGACGUUUGCAAUAUACCCAAAGCGAGCGCUUUGAACCGUCAGCAGUGGCGCAAUGUAGUGAACGCCGCGGAUAGCAUGCGCGCCAUCGCAUACCUCAUGAAAGCAGGAGAGAGCGGCUCCAAAGCGGCACCGUCGGAGGCCUGCAACCGCAUCGUGUCCGACUCGCUUUCUUCUUUAUGGGCUUGGUCGCAGUACCUGCAUCCUUUUCUGCGUAACUGUGACGAAGAUGCGCUCGAGGCUGCGACGAAGCUCUACCAGUGGCAAUUCCUCGACCUCGGCAGAGGUUGGCACUACGCCGCCGUCUCUGACGUUCUCCUCGCCUUGUCGCGUUGUACCGCGCCCGACAUGGAGAUCUCUGCGCUGCAAGCCACGCCGGGAUCAGCGUCGCUCAUCUAUGAUCUCUGGUGGUACAUGGCGCACGAGACUGGCGAUGCGAUGCGCGACGCAGCGCUCAUGUCAACCCUGGCUCUCUUCGCCUUCGACGAUCCCGACCGGCAUGUCGCGAGGGCGAUCGUGCUGAAAGGCGCCUUUGGAGUGGAGUCGCUCGUCCGUCGGCUAUGCACGCUGCUCGACGUGAAGGUCGAGAGACCGAACUUCCGCGCGAUCUUCCCGUUCGUGUACCUCCUCGCCCAAUGCGCGGAGUGCGACGAGGGCGUGCGGCCGUGCAUGUACCCGCUAAUUCGUCGUGUCUGUCCCAUGCUCCGCAUCGUCGACUACUCUGCAGGGGACGCGGAUGAGGCGGAGGACAACUAUCUGAUGCUGUACUCCGGGAACUGUCUGUAUCUCCUGUCGCACCUCAGCGGCGGGCUGCGCGGCACGCGAGAUAUCAUCCGCCUGGUGCGGCAGGGUCUACUACAGGCCAUGUUCAGGUAUCUGAACCACUUCUCUGACCCUGUGCGGGAAUUGAGCGUCAACGCCGAUAUUAUGGAACGCAUCAUUUCGCCCGCGAUCUUCGUCCCCUCGGUGGCGACCGCCGUGAACGGUGUAUUUCAACGCUAUGGCCUGUUCCUUGACCCUAGGAAGAGGGAUUUCGAUCCUUGGAACGAGAUGCGCGUAUCGCUGCACAAGAUGUUGGAAUUCAAAGAGACAUACAAGGCAGAAAAGAAGACGAUGCAAUUUUGCCACAAUAGACCUUGUGAUAGUGUGGGCCACGGCAAGUUCAAGCGAUGUUCGUGUGGCUGGGCCUUUUACUGCUCCAAGCCUUGUCAGGCUUCGGACUGGCCACACCAUAGGACGGUUUGUCAGACCAAGGUUCAAGAUCCUAAUGCGUCUUCCUUCCGAAUCGGUCGUCCCUCCGAUAUUCGCUUUCUUCAAUUCUACGCGUACCGUCUCCUUGCAACCCGCGACGACUUUUCGUCAGAGGGCGCGAGAUCCUUCGAGGUCAAUCUCACAUCGGAGUACACAGAGCCAGUGAUCACCGUCCUAUCGGACUCGAACGCGGCGGAGGAGCGAACGGUCUCUGUCAUCGUCGGCACCAGGACGGCGAAGACUAGCUUGGUGUUUCCGCUUCCUGCGGCCCGUUUCCAAUAGCUAAGUUCAUCAGGAUGAUUUGAUCGCGCAUGCAAGGAGACGAUGCGUGCGCGAUCCAGAUUGAACAUCAUCGCCCAUAGACUCGAAAACUCACGCCGUCCACAGUGGGAAUCAAAUCCGUCCAUAGAUAUUCCAUACUCAGUAAGCCUACAAUGAU